GGUAAACAAUAAUACUAAGGGCAAUUACAAAAAUUUUUCUUAACCAUAUCAUCCUUUAAUGAAUUGAAUGGUACCAUGUCGGAAAAGCAACAUCUCCAACCAGGGUUCGAUCCCAAGACUCUCAAAGUAUCCGAAUUACGAGGGAUUUUAACUGAACAUGAAGUAUCAUACCCCUCGAAUGCUAAGAAAUCUCAACUUGUUGAAAUAUUCAAUAAUGAAGUAGCACCUCAUGCUUCUCGAUUACUUGAGCAACAUCUCAAAGCCAUAAGUAAUAAAAAUGACCGAGGAUUUAUUGAUGUGGAAUUAGAUGAAAAUAGUAAGGCUAAAUCAACAAGAAGAAGAAGAACUGUUACACCUCAACCACCAGUAGUAGUAGAACCAGAACCAGAACCAAAACCAAAACCAAAACAUGAACAAGUAUCAAUUGAUUUAACUUCUCCAGAUGAAGAUGAGAGUCCAUUUACUAAUGAUAAUGUAUUUCAAUCUCCCAGUAGUCCAUCAUUCAAUACUAAAAAGAGAAAACAAGAUGAAAAUGAUGAAGAAGCUAAAGAUACUUCUACUACAAAGAAAGGUAAGAGAACUACAAAGAAACCAAAGACUGAAACUUCUCCUAUUUCUUCACCUAAAGUUAAAUCGCCUAAAUCACCAUCUGUAAAGAAGAAGCAAGUGAAGUCUCUAUUUGAUGAUGAUACUGAUGACUCAUUUUUAGAAGAUCAAUUGGCUAAAUCCAUAACUAUAAAGCCAAAAGUUUCUAAAUCUACAGUAUCAACUCCAAAGGUUGUAAAGACAAAUGUUAUAGAAGAAACUGGGAAAUCUGCUCCUCCAAAGUCUGCUCCUCCAAAGGUUACUCCAGUAGUCAAAUCUCCAAAAGUUACUCCAGCUGUUAAGUCACCAAAAGCUGCUACUCCAAAGGCAUCUACGCCAACUGUUAAAUCUCCAAAAGCCUCAACUCCUAAGGCCUCAACUCCUAAGGCCUCAACUCCUAAGGCCUCAACUCCUAAGGCCUCAACUCCAAAGGCCCCUAAAGUUUCCUCUCCAAAAACAUCUACUCCAAAGGCUUCAACUUCUAAGGUAACCAAACCAGCAAGUCUAAAAAAGGCAACACCUGGUUCAUCAAAGUCAGUUAAGAAAUCAUCAUCUCCAUUAACACAACCAGCAACAACCAUAAGUGAAGUAUCAAAAUCUUUUCAAACUGUUGAAGAAGAACUCGAAGAUUUCGAUAAACAAUUGCAGAAUAUAAAGAAUGGUGUAUCUACUGUUGCUCAAUCCUUCAUAAAUAAUGAUGAUUUAAAACUAGCUAAGGAAUUAGGAAUAAAUAUUGAAGGCUUACAUGAUUUAACAAAUGAUGAUAAUCAAGAGAUUAUAGAUUUUACUACUCCUUCAAAGAAGUUUGACAAAAAGACAUUGUUGCCAGAUAGUGCAUUAACACCAAAACCUCGACUUUUACCUCAAUUUGUUGUUGAAAAGAAGCCUGAAGAAGACGAUGAAGACACAGAAGAGGAAAAUGAUGAUGAUGAGGAUGAGGAUGACAAUGAAAAAGUGAAUACAGAAGAUGAUAAACUUAUAAAAGAAUUGGAAAAAUCGAUCGAACAAGAAACAGAAGAAACAGAAACAGAAGAAACAGAAACAGAAGCUAAUGUAUCCAGCCAAAGAAUAAGAACUUCAGCUAAAAAAUCAUUAACUUCAUUAUUCUUAUCCUUAUUUGUUUGGGUUAUAUUGAUAACUUCAGGAUUCUUAUCUUAUUGGUAUUAUCAACAAUUAUUUUAUGUAGGAUAUUGUGGACAAGAAAUUGAACUACCAACAUUUGCAGGUGAAGAAUAUCAUCCAAUUUUACAAAUUGUAGGACAAUUCUUAGAUAAUAACUUUAAACCUAAAUGUCAAUCAUGUCCAUUACAUGCCAGAUGUUUCCCAUAUUUAGAAGUUGGAUGUUAUGAAGAUUUUAUUGAAUUUAAACCAUGGGAUAACUUUUUAUAUCCUUAUAAUAAGAUAUGUGUACCAGACUCUAAAAAGGCUGAAAAAUUGGAGAUAAUGAUUGAAGUUGCUCUUGAUUUACUUCGUAGUAAAAAUGCGAAUCUGAAAUGUGGACAAAAUGCCAAUAUUGAAGAAUCAGGUAUAAAGAGUAAAGAUUUACAUGAUUUAUUAUUAAGUAUGAAAGCUCCUUAUAUAACCAAUGAAGAGUUUGAAGAAUUAUGGAAACGAGCAGAAGUGGAAUUAGAGAAAGAACCCGAAAUAACUACUGGAUAUUCAACUCUAUCAACAUCAUAUGAAUCUUCCACAAUUGAGAAGACUGAUGAGACAAUGGAGACCAGCGAGGACAAAAUUCUUCGAUCAACGUCCUUAUCGAACCUUGAUUUAGCAUGUCAAUUUCAAAAUAAUUUGACAAUGACUGUUUUCCAUUAUAAGUAUCAUAUAAUUAUAUUUAUUAUAUUAUUUACUGUAAUUAAAUUUAUUCAGUAUAAAUAUAAUCAAUAUCAAUUAAAUUUAAUUAAGAUUGACAUUAUUUAUCAAGAAGUUCUUAAGAAAUUACGUCAUCAACGUAAAUCAUCGACUUUAUUACCUAAUGUUAAUGAAUAUAUUGGAUCUAAUCAAUUACGAGAUUUAAUAUUGAUUAAUGAAAAGAAUUUAACUACUAAGUUAAAUUUAUGGAAUAUUAUUCAAAAGAAAAUCGAAUUAAAUAGUAAUAUAAGUGUAGAUGUUAUUGAAGAUCAUGGAGAGAUCAUUAAGGUGUGGAAGUGGAUUAGUGAUAUUUAAUCACUACUUAUACAGUAUAGAUAAUUGUAAGAAUAUAGUAUAUAGUAAGAAUAUACAUAUAGUAUAGUAGAUAGUGUAUAGUGUAUAGUGUAUAGUGUAUAAUACA